AUGAUGGUCAUCUUUCAGAACAAGAUCAUUUACAUGCCUUCAGUCCCGCCGUUCUCGAGAUCAGAACGAGUCGACGACUAUGCUGCCCAAUGCAGACCCGUGGAGUGGGUGGAGAGAGAUUUGACGGCGGCUGAUGGUACGGCACUGAAGCUUUUGGAAGGCUCAACCGUUGCUUCAGUUGACUCUGACGUGACCGAGCAUGUAGUUGUCAUAUAUUUCCAGGGGAAUGCAUCCUCACUGCCCCCGCGGCUUCCGUAUCUAUCGAAUAUACUAAAGAGGCUCGCUAGAGACCCAGGAGGACGCAAGUACACGAUCGUCGCGUUGUCCUAUCGCGGAUACUGGAAAUCCAAAGGCAGUGCUUCCCAGGCCGGAAUUGAGCUCGACGCUGAAGCCACUUUGACAUGGGUACAAGGACGGUACGACUGUGGGCGAACCAAGAUUGUCGUGUGGGGACAGUCCAUUGGUGCAGGUGUUGCAUCUGUGAGCCUGGCCAACCUGCUGAGAAAUGGCCAGGACAACCUUCGGCGGUUCUCCGGUCUGAUUCUUGAGACUCCCUUCGUAGACCUGAAAAGGAUACUUGUGGCUCUGUAUCCGCAAAGGUUCCUCCCUUAUCGGUAUUUGACGCCUUUCUUGCGGUCGACGUGGGAUACCAGAACGGCACUACGUCGGGUCGGAGCGAGCAAACCAACCCUGAAAGUGUUGAUUUUGGAAGCAGGCAAUGACGAAGUUGUGCCUCCUGGGCAAGCCGAGACCUUGGAAGGAGUGUGUAUCGAGGAGCAACUGGAAGUCGACCGGAAAAAGGUACCAGGAGCCCUACACACGGAGGUCAUGGUGAAGGGCCAAGGACAAAACCACAUUGUGAAAUUUGUUCAGUCGCUUUAG